AUGAUGAAAACAAACAUUGAAGAAUCUAAUCCAAAUAACGAAUACUCUUGUUCAAGUAACCAAAUACAUCAUGAACAUGUUCAUUACGAUAGUCAGGUUAAUUUAUUUGAUAUUAAAUUAUAUGUAGGACAAAGUCAAAAGCUUUCGAAUAAGGAAAAAAUUGAAUAUUUGCAAAAAACAUGGACCCCAGAAAGCACAUUUGUAUUCCCAACGAGUGAGUUCAACAAAAAAAAAUUAAAGUUUCAAUUAAGUUGGUUAGACAAAUGGAAAUGGCUAGCAUAUUCACAAAUAAAUGAAGAGGCGUAUUGCAAGUAUUGCGUUAUAUUUUAUAAAACAGAAGGAGAUAUUGGGUCUCAGACUUUGGGAAAUUUUUGUCUUAAACCUUUUAGAAUGUGGUAUAAGGCAAUAGAAAAAUGUAAUUAUCACCUUCAAUCAGUUGAACAGUAUCAAAACAUUGUUGCUAUUGAAACUGGAAAACAAGAUUCUAUCGAUUUACAAUUAUAUAAAGCUGCUAAAGUACAAACGGAAUUGAAUUGGAAAAUAAUUAUUCCUGUAAUCGAGUCUGUAAUUUUUUGUGGAAGACAAGGAAUCGCCUUACGGGGACAUCGUGAUUUUGGAACAUUAACAACAGAAAAUCCGGUAAAAAAUGACGGUAACUUUAGAGCUUUAAUGCGAUUUCAUUUAAAUGCAACAAAAUUGUCUGCUGACGAAUCUUACCAAUUAGUAGCUAGAACUAACUGUGCAAAAAAUGCACAGUAUACAACUUGGAAGAUUCAAAACGAAAUUAUCGAUUCUUGUCAUGAAAUUAUAUUAUCUGAAAUCGUUAAUGAAACUAAAAUAGUAAAAGAACAAUUUUUAAAAUUUGUUCCUGUAAUGGACUUAAGGGGAAGCGCACUUGCAAGUAUAAUUAUUAAAGAACUAACAGAGAUGAAAAUUGAAGUGCAAUAUCUAAGAGGACAAGGUUACGACGGAGCUGCAUCGAUGAGUGGACGAUUCAAUAGUGUUCAGGCAUGCAUAAAAAAAGAAUGUAAAAAAGCUAUAUAUGUGCAUUGUAGUUCACACAGUUUAAAUUUGGCUGUUUCUUAUGCUUGUGGAUUACAAGGCAUUCGAAAUACUAUGGGCACAAUCGAAAAAGUUUUCGUAUUUUUAAAUAAUCCAAAGCGGCAAGCAGAAUUUUCAAAACAUGUCAGGGAACUCUAUCAAGCAGACUCGAAAACAAAAACUACAGCAAUUAUGUUCGACAAGAUGGGUUGA